AUGGCCAAAGAGAUCGUAGCCGUCCAGAACAGACUCAAGUUGAUAUCGCCACUUCAAGAAGUUAUCAUCAUUCAACCGGAUUGUGAUAAGACCGAGAAUACCAUCAUUUUGAGAUGUGAAGUCGCCAUGAAAGCAGAAGGAACGAAGAAACCGAAGAAAAUGCAGAAAUUUAGGUCAUACACGAAGAAGAAAUUGCAGAAAUUGCAAGAAAUCGCAAGAAAUCGAAGACAGAAUCAGAAUGCAGAGAUGUGCAGAAAGCGCAAGAAAUCGAAGACAAAAUUGGAAUGCAGAAUCAACAAAGGUGAAGGAAGGGCAAGAAAUCAGGGAAAAGAGAAAAGAGAGAAAAGAAUAGGGUAG